GCCGGCCCUCCUGACAGGCGGACCAGUCCUGAGCGCGAGCGCCGUGAGGAGGCGGCCGCAGCCUGACAGGACCGCGGGCGGCGCGCUCCUCUGCAGCACCUGCCCUGCCCUGCCCGCUGUCCAGGCCCCAUGAGUACCCCCAGCACCCCGGAGGACAGCUCGGAGGAGGACCCGGCAGGAGCCGGGCAGAAGUCCAAGGUCAAAGAUGCUUUCAAGGACAUUUCCAGAUACUUCUCCAAGGAAGAAUGGGCCAAGAUGGGAGAGUUUGAGAAGAAACGCUACCGCAACGUGAAAAACAGCUACACCAUGAUGCUUUCUAUAGGUCUCAGAGCCCACCGACCAGCUUUCAUGUGUCGUGGAAGGCGAACCAGCAAACCCCAGCUGGAUGACUCUGAGGAUUCUGACGAAGAAUGGAUGCCCCGGCAGCAAGUCAAACCUCCUUGGGUGGCCUCUCAAGGGAAGCAGAGUAAACACUGGAAGGGAAUGCCCAGGGCCCUGUUAAGUGACGGUCCUAGUUUCAAGCAGUUGCCAGGACCAGCAAAUUUACAGGACCCGAGCGACUCAGAAAAGCCCCAGACACCAGAGUCCUUUCCCAGAGAAGGGAAAAACACCGGACAGCACUCUAGACGAAAACUCGAGCCCAGGAAAAAGGCAGUUAAGCCGAAGAUGUACAGCCUGCGAGAGAGAAAGUGUCAUACGUAUGAAGAGGUCAGCGAGCCGCAGGACGACGACUACCUGUAUUGUGAGAAGUGCAAGAACUACUUCAUCGACAGCUGUCCUGUUCACGGGCCCCCGGCGUUUAUAAAGGACAGCGUGGUGGACGAGGGGUCUUCCGACCGCGCAGUGCUCAGUCUGCCCCCCGGGCUGAGGAUAGGCCCAUCCAGCAUUCCAGGGGCUGGGCUCGGAGUCUGGAACGAGGCCUUCGAUCUGCCGUUGGAUCUUCACUUUGGCCCCUACGAGGGUCAGAUCACAGAGGACGAAGAGGCAGGCCACAGCGGAUACUCAUGGAUGAUCACCAAGGGCAGACACUGCUACGAGUACGUGGAUGGCAAGGACACGUCCAAGGCCAAUUGGAUGAGGUAUGUGAACUGCGCCCGGAAUGAGGAGGAGCAGAACGUCGUGGCCUUUCAGUACCACAGGCAGAUCUUCUACCGCACCUGCCAGGCCAUCGGGCCGGGCAGCGAGCUGUUCGUCUGGUACGGGGACGAGUACGGCCAUGAGCUGGGCCUCAAAUGGGGCAGCAAGUGGAAGAAACAUCAGGCAGCUGGGAGAGCAGCACCAAAGCCAGCGA